UUUAUCUGUCAUGAGACAGGAAGAGCGAAACGGGGGUUGUUUCCAGAAGAUAGCGAUAAUAGCUAGACUUGCUGCACAACACGACGAUCUGCAGCCUUGUUGUACUUUUAUAACCAUGACAUCUACUCUUGAUGAUAGCGAAAAAGAAAAGGCACGCUCUGUGUCUGUGGACCUAAACAACGACGCCUCUCUACUCAUCGACAUUCCUGAUGCACUCUGUGAACGUGACAAAGUCAAGUUCACUGUCCACACCAAGACCACCCUGAGCUCCUUCCAGAAGCCAGACUUCUCUGUUCCUAGGCAACAUGAGGACUUUAUCUGGCUCCAUGACACGUUGGUUGAGACUGAGGACUACGCUGGGCUCAUCAUCCCUCCAGCCCCCCCAAAGCCAGACUUCGAGAGCCCAAGGGAGAAGAUGCAUAAACUGGGAGAGGGAGAAGCCACCAUGACCAAGGAGGAAUACACCAAGAUGAAGCAGGAGUUGGAGGCUGAGUACCUGGCUGUAUUUAAGAAGACUGUACAAGUCCACGAGGUAUUCCUGCAGCGACUAUCUUCUCACCCGAUCCUGAGCAAGGACAGAAACUUCCAGAUAUUCCUGGAGUAUGACCAGGAUCUGAGCGUACGAAGGAAGAACGCCAAGGAGACGUUUGGGAGUUUCUUUAAGAACAUGGUCAAGAGUGCUGACGAGGUCAUCAUCUCUGGGAUAAAGGAAGUAGAUGAUUUUUUUGAGCAGGAGAAGACCUUCCUGCUUGAUUAUUCGUCCAAGAUCAAAGACUCCACUGCCAGGGCAGAGAAGAUGACCCGCUCUCACAAAAAUGUUGCUGUGAUACAUUCCAUCUCUGCCACUUUGAACAGUCUCUCUGUCGAUGACAACACUGCACUUAAAAAGCACCUUGAGAAGUUUGCAGACCUGUUUGAGAAACUAAGGAAAGUGGAGGGCAGAGUGGCGUCAGACGAGGAGCUGAAGCUCACAGAGCUGCUCCGUUACUACAUGCUGGACAUCCAGGCAGCCAAGGACCUGUUGUACAGGCGGGCCCGGGCCCUGGCUGACUAUGAGAACAGUAACAAGGCCUUGGACAAGGCCCGGCUGAAGAGUAAAGACAUCACCCAGGCUGAGGAGCACCAACAACAGUGUCUGCAGAAGUUUGACAAGCUCUCCGAGUCUGGAAAAAGAGAGCUGACCAGUUUUAAGGGCAGGAGAGUGGUGGCUUUCCGUAAGAACCUAAUAGAGAUGGCUGAACUGGAGAUCAAACACGCCAAGAACAACAUGGCUCUGCUGCAGGGCUGCAUUGAGCUUCUCAAGAGCAACUGAACCACCUGUCUCCUACCUAUCCUCCCAGACCGCCAGACCACCACCCACUGACCAGCUAACCUGGGUGCCAGUCUGUUUAUUGCUGUCUUGCCAACUCCGUAUGGAACUGUCAUGCAGAACAGUGCCAAUGGCGUAGGCAAAAGCACAAAYGGAUCUGGAACCAGGCUACUGACCCAGCCUUUGAGAAGGGAACCUGGAUACCCCUUCCCACCACCCUCUACCCCCAGGGGACCUUGGGUCGUGUUCAUUAGGGCACAUAGUAGAAAAACAUCCAUUUGCAAAAGAAAAGGAGCCUUUCUUAUUGCACAGCAUUAGAUGGUCCCUCACCGUUUCACUCGGUUUCGGAGCAUUCUGUGCCUAUUAAACACGAUCCUGGGUACCUCCACCCCCAAAUGAUGCCGUUUCAGAAACCUGCACAAGUACCUGCAGCCGUCUGUUUGCAGUUUGUCUGUCUUUCUGUCUGUCUCAAGGUUUACAUGGUCCCUGCCCACGUGGCAACCCAUCUCGUUCUACUCUGCCCCAUGUCCCAUGGAACACUCACCUUUUGUGAUGCCAGCAUUCCGGAACAGGGAGAAUGUAGCCGCUUGCAUUGUCUUCUGAUAUUACUCUUUCAUCUGGGCGCCUUCGUAAAUUCACUCUGGCUAUCUACUCCGAUUUCAGAGCGCUCUCGUCUGAGUGUGCCAGAAUGCAGAAUAACUGA